GACAGGCAGGGAGCUCAGGUUACCACUGCCGCAUCGCUGCCUUCCUUCUCGUCUCCCUCCGGAGACACGGACGGUCAUGCACCGCCUCGCUCGGGAUGGCUGGGCUGCAGGAGGAUCGGCGGAGACUUCACAAACUGUAGCCGGCGGCUCCCGGUAGGAAGGGCAACCCGCCCGCUCGCUGCAGCUCCCGCGCAACACGGCCAGCGCCGCCGGAGGAUGCUGUGCCGGCGUCUGAGGUCAGGAGGUGCCCGUUUCUUUCCAUAACCCCAGCGGCGGCUAACCCAAUGUAAAAUAUGUGACCCAUGGCCCCUCCAACAAAAAGAUCAGGAGCAGUUUCUGGGUUGGUGCAAGAGCUCCACAGGACACAAAGAAGAUGAAGAUGGGAGGAACCUGGCUGAAUCUGCAAGCUGGACAGCACUUGCUGGCCCUGGGAGACAGACACUUUUCAAACAAAUGCCUAAACAUGAUGGAUUUCCGAAAAUUCAGGCUGUUUGUUUGCUUUGUGGGGCUCAGCUGUGCUAGCUUCUGGUUUUUUUAUGACAAUACGACCAAAUUCUGUAUAUUCUGUGAAAAUGGCCAAGACUACGUAUUGCCCACAGAGGCUUAUAGGAGGAAUGAAGGAAACUUCUUGCAGCUCCCGGAUAUCGACUGCGAUAAGAACCCACCUUUCCUCGUCCUACUUGUGACAUCCUCAUACCACCAUGUCAAAGCCAGGAUGACCAUCCGGCAAACCUGGGGGAAGGAGAGAACAGUCGCUGGCAAGCGCUUGGUGACAUAUUUCCUCCUGGGAAGCACUAUGAAUCUCAUCCAGCAGGCUGAUAUUGCUGCUGAAAGCCAAAAGUACAAAGACAUUAUUCAAAAGAAUUUUACAGACACGUAUUACAAUUUGACUUUGAAGACCAUGAUGGGAAUUGAAUGGAUUCACAGAUUUUGUUACCAGUCCACAUUUGUGAUGAAAACUGACUCAGAUGUGUUUGUCAAUGUUUUUUACCUCACUGAGCUUCUUCUAAGGAAAAAUAGGACCACUAGAUUCUUCACAGGCUUUUUAAAACUGCAUGAGUUCCCUAUACGGAGAAGAGGAAGUAAGUGGUACGUGAGUAGAGAAGAGUAUCCGAAAGACACCUACCCACCGUUUUGUUCCGGGACUGGCUAUGUUCUAUCCACUGACAUUGCUAGCCAGAUCUAUAAUGUUUCAGAGAGCGUUUCGUUCAUUAAACUGGAGGAUGUAUUCAUAGGACUGUGCCUUGAAAAAUUAAAAGUUCAGCUGGAGGAACUUCAUUCGGAGCAGACGUUUUUUCCCCAAAAGAUUAGGUUCUCUGUUUCUCGCUUUAAGAAAAUCGUGCUGUGCCAUGAAGUAGAACCAUCUGAGCAGCUGAGCUACUGGAAUCGCUUAGUGACAGAAAAAUGAGGAGUGCUGUAGCACCUUCCCUGCUUGAAUUAACAAAGUAAAAUGCUCCGCAUUUACAGGGAUGCUCUUGACUCCUGCAAAACUCCCAAUUAACUUUAGAUCUGUCACAUUAAAGACUUCUUUAACUGUUAUUUUAAUCUCCAUUUCUGCCCAAGAACAUGCAAACCUCUUUCUCUCCCAUUCACUCUCACCCCUUUGCACCCCAUCUCUAUACAAGUUACAACUACUAUUUUUCUCUGAAGCAUGCAGGCCUGCAAACCUGCCCUCCAAAUCUUGCUGCUACAGGACUGGGAACAUUUCUGCAGUGCCAAACCAAAAGUCAAAGUACUUUUGUUCAGAAAAGAAAAUUUGCACCCUCUUCCUGGUCUCCCCUGACAGAUUGCUGCAUUUGCACCCAUCUGUCCAGGCAUUUAAGAAACGGUGUUUGUAGCUGUCAGGACAUUCCCCUCCUGGCAUAGGGAACUGCAGCCCUGCCCUUGCAGCCAGCUCUGUGUGGGCAGAACUGUGAGCAGGCACAGAUUCCUCCUUCAGUCUACACAAAUGUUUUGCAGAGCUGGAAGAAUUUGCCCAUGCAGCGCUCUUGGGACAACCUUAGGUACUGCAGGUCACCUGGUGAACAUGUAAGGCUACUGCAUCUGUUUCCCUAUACAUGCCUCCUGCUGAAAAUGAUAUGUGGUAGAGCUAGAUCCAUGCUCAGUGGAGAGUGUCCUGGUCUUUCUAUUAAAAUAGGCCCUGGAGACAUCUUUUACAUUUGUAUCUCACUUUGAUUGCUUGAAAGCUACUGUAAAUGGCUUGCCAAGGCUGAACUAGAGUGACUUACGGUGAGCUAAAGAGAUUUAGAUGUUUUUUCCCUAUGAGGAACUGGGUGUGUAAGGGAGAAGGCAGGAGGAAUUUUCUCUUUUAGACAAGACCUAGUGGGAAAAUAUUCCCAAGUAAUCAUUCAGGCUGGGAGCGUCAUUUCUUAUUUCAUUACCUAACAGACUCAUGAAAUCAGUAGGAUGUUUGUUGGUUUCAGAGAUAAGGAACUGAGUUUUUACAGUAGAUGCUGUGAAAAAUACUUUUGGGUUAUGGGGAGAGAGAAAGGAGUUCAUGAAAUCAUGCCUCAUGCAAUACUCCUAUUUGAUUUACUUUCAUGCCAAGAAAAGUUCAGUUUUACCAGCAAAGAAGUAUUGAAUGCCUAUACUAUGCGUGAAAGGGUUUUUUCAGAGAGCAGUAAAAGUGGGGCUGCCCCCUAGGGGAAGAUGAGCCGGGAGCUGAGGGGAUCUGACAGCCAGCAGGGCUCAGCCCUGCACACCCAUGCGAGGGAGCAGGACAGACCCAGGUGGCCAGGUCCAACCAAGAGUCUCGAUCAUAAGGAAGUAUCAUAGUGAUGAGGUCGGUCUGAGGUCAAGCCAGUGAUGGCCGGGCCCUGGUGAUGACAGGUGGGGGUCAGGAUCAGGCGCAGUGAGAGCAACCAGGGCCAGACACUGCCCUGUAUGCGGUCCUGAAUGCAGUAAAAAGCAUGGAGGAAGGACAGGGAAAGAUAUUUUAUUACUUCAGGGUUAUUUUUGUUGUUUCUUUUAUUUUUAUUGUAGUUUGUGAGGACUGUCGAAGUGUUUCUUUUUACUUGCCUGUGCCUGUAGAGCAGGAUAAAUAUUUUCAGCAGGAAUAUGCCUCAUCCUGAAAAGUAUUUUCUUCUGAUGUAGAACAACCUGAGCUCGUGCACUUAGUUUUGACAACUGAUGAUGAAAGAAACAAUGUUUUUUUAUUUGGUAGAAGAAUAAUCUUCUUUUUAUUUUAAGUUUCUUAUUCAGAAAAUAGCUGUGUAUGUGGUGUUUGCAGGGAUACGGCUAUCCAGGUGGUCAGGUGGGUGACCAAGGAAGUGUUUGCCUUUUCCUAGUGCGUACCCUGUGCCCGGGGGUGGGCAGCGUCUCUCUGCCUCCCAUUCCAACUUUGCAGGUGUAUCCGCCCUUGGAGUCAAAGACCCGCUGAAGCACAUCUACUUUUGCUGCUGCCUUCAGUCAGUGCGAUGGGUCAGACUGAUAAAGCCUAGCAACAGCAUUUUAAUCACUGCAUCUUUUUGCCAUUCGUUGCUGGUGUACCCAAGGUGCAAGCUGGCUAUUGCUUUAAUUUAUGGAAAAAUGUUGAGCAUAAAGGAAUGCUUCCUCACCUCACCUAGCUCCUUCUCUUGUAGGAUAGAGGGUCUGUGAGCUGGGACAGCAUAAUGCAACCUAAUAUUCAUCCCGGCCUCCUCUUGUUCUCUGAGGAGUAACCCUGCAGCCCCUUGUGGAUCUCGCUUCCACCUCUGUGCCUGGUGCCAACCUUAUCCUAGCCGGCAGGACCAGUCCAACCGUGCAGUUCCAGGGAGCCUGUAUCUUGGCAGAAUAGCUAUUAAUUUACAUACGGAUGUGUCGACUUCUUCACGUCCGCUAAGUGUUGAGAUCCAAGACGUAUGGCGGCACCUGGCUCCUGGGAUGGUGCAGCUGCUGGUCUUCUGUCAGGCUGAGUUUGUGGCCAAAGGGUAAAGCUUCCCAUUAGGAGACAGUAUUUUGGGUUGCUUCCUGGAUCAAUGCCUGCUAGUGCAUGGCACCAAAAUAAGUCUUACCUGAGCCGUUUGUGGCUUUGUACUGUCAUAAAAAAAGGUACACUUGAGGGCCAAGUUCUGUCAGGCUUUUAUUUUAGUUCAGGAUUUUUCCUAAUUACUUGAAUACAGUUACUAACUGGGAAGAGGGUGCUCUGAUAAUCACCUUUGCAGCUGCUACCACUCUAUUUUUGGGGCUAAAUUCAUAGCUACAGUGCCAUUGGGAAUAAGGUCCUCAGGUGUGUUUUAAGAAACCAUCCCAUUCUAGGUACUGUUUCCAGGGAGUCUACUUGUAAUUUCAAGUGACCCGUGCAAGAUGUCUCCCUUUAUUACUGCAUUUGAAAUAUUUUGUCCCCACUGAAUAUAUGUUGUUAAGCAUCAUAAUGAUCUGCCUAUCUAAAGCAUUUGGCUUUUCACUGCUAGAUAUCUGAUGAGUAGCAAAUUAGUCCAGGCUGAAAUGUUACAGAUUCAGAUAACCUGUUCCUCUCCUUUUUGCAAAUUACCUCCCCAAGUGAAUGCUUUAGGUUGCUGCACAUUAUUUUCCUCAACAUGAUUUUCUUUGUGCUCGCAUAAGUUAGAAAUUGAUUUCAUAAUUCUCUCCAUUCAGUAGGUGGCUUUGAAUAAGCAUAUAGUAAAUGAAUAGUUAAUUACUUAAAAUACAAGGUUAUACUGCUGGAAAAGGUGAUUUAAGAAAAGUAGAUGAUUGCAUGUAAAGAAAAUUAAUUUAUUUAAACAAAGCCACUGUGCUAGUCAGUUUAUAUGUAUCAGGUGACUGAAAUUAGCUUUUGCAGCUUAGGCCUCAGAUCAGGAUUUUUAACACAAUCAAAAUUGUAUCAGUGGCCUUUUGCCAAAUUUUGUGUAUUUUCCCAUGAAAGGCCAUCACAAAAAAAAAUCAGGAAUAUAACUAGAAGUGUAAACUCAAUACUGCAGUGCACAUAUACUUAUUUUGAAAAUUUUGUAUAGGUUAAUAAAAGAUUUUAGUCAAUUUUGGGGCAGUUUAUCUGUAAAAGUAAUGCACUAUCCUAAUAUUUUUGUGCUUUCUGGGUCAGAUAUCAUUAAACCGGUUUUUUAUGAAUAGCUUUGGAAAGUUACUCUGAAAAGUUACUCCAGUGCUUCUCAUUUAAUAGGAAGGAGUGUACAACUUAACAGAGCUGAUAGUGUAUUAGAGUUGGUUAGAGCUGUGCAUUUCAGCAUACUCUGUUUCUUCUAAAACAAGAUCAGAUUUUGAAUACAGAACAAUGAAUACAUUUUUCACAACUCUAUCUCAUCAGCUAACAUAUUCUUGGUUUAGGUUAGGAUUUUCAAAAAUGUCCAUGAAGGAUUUGGUCACACAUCUCAUCUGAUUCAGUAUUACUGAGGAGGUAUAACCCUUCCAGGCACUUCUGAGAGUACAGAGUAGAUUUUUGCAAUGAAACAUUUGCCUUACAUAAAAGCUGAAUGGAACACAAGGGCUAAAACCGUCUGUAAUGGAUCUGACAGGAAUGCUGCUCUUCUUGGUUUUGUGGGGGUUACUAUAGAAUGUUAAUAUAAAAUGCGUGACAAGCUUGCGUUAUUUGCAUAGAACAUGAGAAUGUUGAGCUAACUAUUCAAUGUAUGAUAUUUUAGUAAAGUAUUUUGUUACCACA